GUAUAUCGAGGAAGACUAUAGUAUGUGCCAAUGGAUCCUAUCAGUUGCUUGCACAUCUAAUUGAUGAAAAGAAAAUUUGGGAUCUGCUAUCCUUUGAAAAUAUUUAGGGAAUCAGGGGAAAUUUUCUGUCUCGGGUCUUUUUUUCCCUUCCUGAUCACAAAUCGUAAGCAACCAGCAAGAGGAGAGAAAACCCUAAAAUAAGAACAUUCCUCCAGCAGCAACAACUCUCUUUGUAGUCUAUAUAUACCUGCCAGGACCCUAAAGUGUGCCUAGAUCUUCAUUUGCAUUAAUGGAUAUAUCCACCCCGUCAACAACACCUAAAUAUUCAUCAAGCCCCAUAAUGAUGAACCCUAACCCAAACAGUGCUUCUCCCACCACAGUUAGCGCCAUAUCUUCUACUCCUAGCCGCUAUGAGAACCAAAAGCGUAGAGACUGGAACACUUUCUGCCAGUACCUUAGAAACCACAAGCCUCCCCUCUCAUUUCCCAGGUGUAACGGCACCCAUGUCCUUGAAUUCCUUUGUUACCUUGACCAGUUUGGCAAGACGAAGGUCCACCACCAGACUUGUCAGUUCUUUGGCCACCCUAAGCCACCAGCACUGUGCCCCUGUCCACUCCGACAAGCCUGGGGAAGUCUUGACGCACUCAUUGGACGACUUAGAGCAGCCUAUGAGGCUCAUGGAGGGAAGCCUGAAGAGAAUCCUUUUGGUGCAAGAGCGGUGAGGAUUUACUUGAGGGAGGUAAGGGAUUUUCAAGCUAAAUCAAGAGGAGUUAGCUAUACAAAGAAGCGCAAGAGGACGUCUAAGCAAGCUGAAGGGAACAACGGUACCACCACAAGCUAGAAUCAUCUGAAAAUAAAUAGCAGCCCGUGGAUUAAUCUUGGUGAUGAUAGCAUACUACAAUAAAGAAAAAAGUUUUUAUUCAUAUUAUAAUAAAUUAGUAUGAUAUGUAUGCCAACAUAACUACUAGAUGAUAUUGGAUCUACACAUAUGCUUGUAUAAUGUUGAUAUCUAAUUUAGUCCAUGAUAAUGAUAUUGCCAAAUAUUGAACAAAA